CAGCGGCAAACGUCAGAAGGAUUAGCCGAGGUAAGGCUGCUCUUGGCUGGGUACAUGAGCGCUGAGAGUCCGGUGAUCGCCUGGAUCUCACAACUCCGACAACGUCAGAUCAAAUUUUCAGAAAGACGCUAUCUUUAUCAAUUAACCACAAAUUUGAGCUUUAAACCAGCACAUUCUCGCCUGAAAAAAUCUUAAAACUGCAUAUCAUAACUUAAUAGAGCCCGAUCACACGAAAAUGCGUAUCAAUAGUACGAGUUUGUAAUCUCGUAGAAUAUAUACGCCAAAAUAUGAUACGCGCAUAUGAUACGCACUUUAUGGGGUAUUAUACGUACGAAACUGGAUUGUUUGUCCUCCAUAAGCAAAGCUGCUGCACACCGGUAAUCUUGAAUUUGAAUGCCUGUACACGCUGUGCACUAUGGCUGUGCAUGACAGGAGUGUGAUCAGUGCGCACACUAACUUGAUUGACACUGCUAAGACACUCCUCCUGACUCUGAUUGGUUGUUUCUUACCGGGAGCGGUGUAUUUCUGCAAAUGGCAAUAGGACCACUGGGAGGAACCAGAGGAGCUUGAUUUUUUCACAGAUUAUCUGUCUCAUAUUCUACUGUCAGGACAUAAUGACAGGUUUAACAAAUAUGUAAAAAAUACAUUUUUACAAAAGUUACCUACUGCAGCUUUAAAGUCCACAUGACAAUUCACACUGAAGUGAAGCCUUAUAUCUGCCAACAGUGUGGAAAGAGUUUCGGUCAACUUGAAAAGCUCAACGUCCACAUGAGAAUUCACACAGGAGAGAAGUGUUGUACCUGCCGACAGUGUGGAAAGACUUUUGCUGAAAAAGUAAGCCUUAAUAGACACAUGAGAAUUCACACUGGAGAGAAGCCUUUCACGUGCCCUCAGUGUGGAAAGAGUUUCACUCAAAUUGGAAACCUUAAAGUCCACAUGAGCGUUCACACUGGAGAGAAGCCUUACACCUGCCAACACUGUGGGAAAAGUUUCAACCGAAAAGGGAAUCUUAAUUACCACAUGAGUAUUCACACUGAAGAGAGCCUUUUCACCUGCAAACAAUGUGGAAAAAGUUUUAAGCGAAAAGGAAGCCUUAACAGGCACAUGAGAGUUCACACUGGAGAGAAGUCGUUUACAUGUGGUCACUGUGGAAAAAGUUUUAUGUAUAAAGUAAGCCUUAAGUGCCACAUGAGUAUUCAUGUAUGAAAAAAAUGUUUUUGUAUGUCAUCAUCGUGAAAUGAUUUUCACAUACAGGAAACACCUCAUGUCUAAUAAUGUGCUGAUUAUUUUUAUGGUACUAAAUCACCUUAGAGGGCUGAAUUCCCUGUUAAUGUCCAGUGACUACAAGAGGAAUAAAGAUGCAAGAGUCAAGAAUUAGAUUCAAUGAAUUGAUUAGUCAAAUGAAGAAUAAAGUAGUUUCAAUUUUACAUGUCAAAAGAAGUAUAAAUCUGUAUCAAAUAAAAUACAUAUAACAGUGUAGGCCUGUGCAAAAUGAUAAACAAACAAUAUAACAGAAACAAGCUUUUGAUUCAGUACAUACAAAGACGUGGCGAUCUGGCAAUAGCUGCUUUUCAACUGUCAUGCCAGGGCUUUCAACAGGUGGGGCUAAUAGCCUCGGACCUGUAGGACCGAGCCCAAAAUCACAUGGUUUCCACCGUCAUGCCAGAAGCUCUGCAGCGCUUUACUAAAACCCUCCCCAUAAAGGAACACUCCACUUUUUUUGAAAAUAGGCUCAU